UUCACCCUCAUGACUCUCAAUCGACGGCAGCCGCCUCUGCUGGAGGUGGCUAAACACGGCCUGCUCUCUUCACGCGCCUCCCAACCACAAGGCAUCGUGUCUUCCUUCCUCUUCAGCCGGUCCGGCUUUCUCUCCGUCCUCGCCCUCCUUCUCCUCCUCCUCGUCUUCCCGUUGCUUUGUCGCCGACCCGUGUCCGCCCUCUUAUACUCUUUCUCCCUCGGCGAGGUCGACGACGGAUCCGUAUCCCGAUGGAAGGACUACACGGUCGCUCGCGCUGCGGCCUUCGCCGCCCGCAACGACACUCUCAUCGUCACCGCCGUGAGCGAACCUUUCCUUCCCUUGCUUAACAACUGGCUCAUCAGCAUCGCGCGGAAGAAGAGGCAGGACCAGGUGCUCAUCUUCGCCGAGGACUACGCCACCCUCUACGAGAUCAACCGCCGAUGGCCCGGCCACGCCGUCCUGGUCCAGCCCGCUCCCGAUUCCAAUGCCGCCCACGAUUACGGAUCUCAGGGAUUCUUCAACAUCACAUCGCGGAGGCCUCGCCACUUGCUGCAACUCCUGAAGCUGGGAUACAGCGUCAUGUACAACGACGUCGACAUGGUGUGGGUGGCGGAUCCAUUCCGUUACCUCGACGGCGAUCACGACGUGUACUUCGCCGACGACAUGUUCGCUGUGAAGCCUCUGAAUCACUCUCACAAUCUGCCGCCUCCAGAGAACGACGGCCGGACCAACAUCUGCAGUUGCAUGAUUUUCCUCCGUCCGACGAGGGGCGGCAAGAAGCUGAUCCGCAGCUGGAUCGAGGAAAUCCAAAAGCAGCAUUGGUCCAAGGCGGCGAAGACAAACGACCAGCCCGCUUUCAAUUGUGCUCUGAGAAAAACCGCAAAAGAGGUAGAUCUGGACUUGUUACCUCAAACUGCAUUCCCAUCGGGAGGGUUGUACUUCAGGGACGCACAUUGGGUGAAGAGAACGCAAGGCCUGCACGCCAUCGUCCACAACAACUACAUCGUAGGCCUUCAAAACAAGAUACGACGUUUCAAAGACUACGGGCUCUGGCUGGCGGAUAACCACACUGAUGAAUCACCACUCGGCCAAAUCUAAUUUCCCAAUAUAAUGGUUAUUUUCGAGGACAAUAAAGUGGUUAAGUUGGUAUCGGUAAAAUUAAGGGGGUAA